AUGCAAAUAGAUUUAACGCAACAAAAUUUUCUGGAGGUUUUGCCGACAAUCAAGAAUUUUAUAGUUAAUUCCGAUUUUAUUGGUGAGUUGACAAUAGAUUUUUAAAUUUUAUGUUCAUAACUAUUGUUUUUUUUGCAGCUUUUGAUUUCGAAUUUCUCGGACUCGACCAAUCACAGUCGACAUUAUUUGAUAGCCCAUCACAACGUUAUGAUAAAUUGAGAAAAUCUGUCACUCGAUAUGCACCUUGUCAACUUGGUUUAUCGUGUUAUUCACAGAAUUCGGAUGGAUCGUAUGAAACUCAAACAUAUUCAAUUCCCUUAUAUCAACAGUUUGGUGGUUCGAAUGAUAUAACAAUUAAAAAAGACGCUCUGAAGUUUCUGCAAAAUAACAAUUUCGACUUGGAAAAUGUUUGUGUUUUCUUUUUUAUUUCCGAGAAAAAUUUAGUGUUUAGGUUUUUAUAAAUGGCAUCCAGUAUUGUAACAGAGAUCAACUAAAUAUGAUAUCAUUCGAUUGUCCAGAAUAUUUUAUCAUUGAGUGUGAAUUUAUUGAAAAUUCCAAAAUUUUAUCAUCUUUCGAAAUCGAAAUUCCGCAGAAUCUCAGUCAAUUGGAAAUGGUCGUUAUUUCUACGAAAUUGAAGAAUAUCUACACAGAUUUCAACUUCACAGUUCAAAAUAAUGUUUUAAAUAUUGAAAAGGUCGACGAGAAAACUAGAAAUCAUUUAAAUGAUUUUGAAAAUAUUAUUCUGGGAGUUACACUUAUAAUAGAGAUGAUUCUAAAUUCGAAAAUUCCGAUUGUUGGCCAUAAUUGUUUUAUUGAUUUGAUGUACAUUCACCAUUAUUUUAUUGAAAAACUUCCAGGUUGAGUUUUUUUUAAUUUUAUUGACAAAAGUAAAUAUUUUUGUUUUCAGAAUCAUAUGAGGUUUUCAAAAAAUCUCUCCAUUCAAAACUGCCAUACAUCUUCGACACAAAAUAUUUUGCAAAAACUGAGAAAGUGCGACAAGUUCUUAUGGAAUAUGGUUUAGAUGAUAAUAGUUUCGAAAGUCUUUCAACAUUUUUUGAAAAUUCGAAAAAUCACCAAUUGAUUCCAAACAAUCUUCGAAAUGGUGAAUUGGAUGAAUAUAAUUAUCAUGACGCUGCUUUUGAUUCAUCUCAAACUGGAUUGAUUUUCAUAAAGUUAUCACAUUUAUAUAUUGGAAUCUAUGAAUCGACUUUGAAAUUUCCUAAAAUGUUUCAAAUGAUAAAAGAUUGUGCAAUGAAUCGAAUACCAUUGAGUUUGACUGACAUCGAAUAUUGUGAUCUUGUGAGUUCAAAAAAAUCAUCACAAAAUUUGUUUUUGAAAAAUUUCUUCAUAAUUGUGAAUAUUGCAUUUUCAGUCAAAAAUCGAAGACAAAAUAGGAAAUCGUCCGGAUAUCAUUCAAUUAAGCAAAAAAUCUGGAGGAAACAUUUUGGAAAAAGAAAAACUUGACGAAGAAAAGAAAUUAAAUUGGCAACUCAAUGAGUAUCGAAUUAAUUUGAGAAUUUCGAAAAAUCAGAAAAUUUUCGAAAUUGCGACAAAUUCAUCGACAACGUGAGUAUUUUGGGAAUUCGAAAUUUAUUUAAUAUUUAUGUUUCAGUUAUGCCUCAGUUUGCGAGAUUUAUUCAAAAUCUGAAAACUGGUCGCUUCUUAAUGGAAAUCGGGAUUCAUAUGAACAGCGAUUGAAAUCUUCAAGGAAAGCAAAAAAUCAUUGUUCGGAAUUGCGAAAUAUGAAUUUGUGAGUUUUUUUUUUAAUUCUGAUCCCUUCAAAAAUAUCCGAAAUAUUUUGAGCCAUAUUUCGCGAAUCGAAAAUAUUAUAACAAACAAGGCCACAUGGGGAAAAUAA